AUAACCGCAUAUUUAUUUAUUUUAAACUGAAAUGUCGACGAGAAGAAAGUCUUAAUAUUAGUAUCUUAUUUUGAAGGCCGAAUCACAAACAUCCGGCUGCGGUACGGCUACCAAUCGCUAACUUUCCGCAGUAAACAAGCUCCGAGGACUACGACAAGCUACAGUGGUCCCAAAUACCCGUGUUUUGCGAAUUUUGAAACAGAUUCUGCGCAAAACCAGCCCAUGCUGCGUAUCGACGAGCUAUAGCAUCGCACAGAUCCUCUUCACGCAGCGCGGGUUUUGCGCUUCUUAGCCCGGCUAGCUUGCUAACAUUAGCAGAGAGGGGCAGCCAGCUCGGACCCGAACAAACCUGGACGCGAUGUCGCUGGUGGACCUGGGGAAGAGGCUGCUGGAGGCGGCUCGGAAAGGGAACGACGACGAGGUCCGAAACUUGAUGGCCAACGGAGCGCCGUUCACCACCGACUGGUUGGGGACGUCCCCCCUCCACCUGGCCGCUCAGCACGGCCACUACUCCACCGCAGACGUCCUGCUGAGAGCUGGCGUCAGCAGAGACGCCCGUACAAAAGUGGACAGGACCCCGCUGCAUAUGGCAGCCGCCGAGGGACACACAGUCAUCGUGGAGCUGCUGAUCAGGAGCGGUGCGGACAUCAACGCCAAAGAUAUGCUGAAGAUGACGGCUCUUCACUGGGCGGCGCAGCACGGACACCACGGCGUGUGCGAGACCCUCAUCAAGCACGGGGCUGACGUGCACGCACGCAGUAAAUUUGACAAGACGCCGUUUGACAUCGCAGCGGACAUCCAGAGCACCGAGCUGAUGCUGAUGCUGCAGGAGAGCAUGCAGAACCAGGUUAACAUGAACCAGGUGAGCAUGAAUGUUGAGACGACCAGCACCACCAACCAGCCACAGUUCAUAAUCCAGGGAAUACCUGCCAUCCAGGGGGGCGUGGUCAACCUGGCGGAGCUGCUCAACAAGGCCAACGCAGGAGAAUCAGAAGAGGCGAUGGCGGCCAACGCUCUGGACUCCAACAUCCAGCAUGCCACCGUGGUCAGCGAGAGCGGCCAGAGGGUCAUCACCAUUGUAACGGACCAGCACGGCAACCUUCAGACCACCGGGGGGAUGUCUCAGCCCUUCUUCGUCACCAUGCAGCACGGCCAGCCGAUGCUCGCCAUGUCAGCCAACACGGUGACAGAGGAGGUGGUGACAGAGGAGGCUCAGCCGCCGCCCUCCAGGAAGAGGAAGCUGGAGGUGACCAACAACCACAACGAAACUGGAGAAACGGAGUUGCUGCAGAGGCAGCUGCAGGAAGCCAACAGGAAGGCUCAGGAGUAUCGCCAGCAGCUCCUCCGCAAGGAGCAGGAGGCCGAGGAGUACCGCAUGAAGCUGGAAGCCAUGGCCCAAAGUCAGGCCAACACCAGCAACGGCAACACGGUCGCCGGCGCCAACGCCGCAAGCCCGGAGGAGGUGGUGGGAGGGGAGGACGAGGAGGAGGGGACCGCCGGCGUAGUGGAGGAGGAGGGGGAGAUGGUGGUGCUGCAGGAGGGAGGCAUCAUCAUGGAAGGGGAGGAAGGCCAGGUGACGCUGGUGGAGACGGGUGGCGAGGCGACGCAGGUCAGCUCCUAACGGAGAGGAAGGGCGGGGAGACGCAUCACAACAGGAGGCGGCUGAUUAGACUCUUACAUCUGACUGAGGCGGAGGAGGGGGGGGCGACUCGCUGAAGGAAGUGCAGCGUCACGGACAACCCCAGACAGGAUGGGGUCCUCACAAAGUUUAGGUUUCAAUCCCUAAACCGUUUGACAGCAACAGGUCAGGUGGAGGUGGGCGGACGUGCCGGGACAUCUCCAGUAAACUCCGCCUGCGCCGUGUCCCUGAACGCCUCCUUCAGCCGGUCCAACACAACGGGACGAGCUUCAUGAACUGUCAAGGACCCUGAAACCCAUGGUUUGCUUUUCUCUGUGGUCCCGCCUGCGAGCAGUAAUGAGACGAGACGUAGGGGCUCUCCUGCAUGGACACAGACAUGUAUGUUCCCUGAACGUUGCUAUAAAAAAAAAAAAAAAAGCUUUCUGCUUCCCUAUUUGAAAUGUAACCCAGCAGAAACUUAACUUUUUAGUGUUUGUCUUAAUGCAAGGUUUGCCCUGUUACCUCCUCUUUUUGAAGGCCAUCAUACACAUUCAGAGUUUAAUUUAGUGAAUCCCAAAGUCGGUUUACUUUGUGUAAUCGCUUCAUAACCGAACGACUUUUUUUAGCUUCUUUCAAAAAUCACAGUAAAAACACAAAGGUUUGUUUUUUUUUAACUAGUAUCGGGACACUACAGUGAUUCCUUCUCCACCGCGUUUCCUGUUCAGUGAUGUUUAUAACCAGCUGUUUUUUUUUUUCUUGUUUUAUUCCUCCAGAUGUGAUUUCAGCAUGAUUUAAUGGCAAACCCUAAACCAUGUCACAUGAUGCUGUAGGGAUCGAUUACACGUCGGGCAGCAUUUCCCACCUUCUGCACAACUUUUAUCCUCGUAUCGAGCAGGAAGGCUUUAGGUAGCUCCGGUCGAACUCUCAACAAGCAGCGAGGAUCAUUUUCUGGGUCGUUUUCCGAUGCUACGUCUUUAAAUCACUCCCAUAGUCCUGGUUAGAGAAGAUCCAGGUGUGAAUCAGGAAGGCUCUUCUACAGUAUUAAUUAUUUAGAGCCUAAUUCGUUUGCACCAUCAAGUAACUUAUGAAGUCCUUUACAUCCAAUAGUGCCAAGAUGUAGAACGGUAAAAGUUAUACAUUUAUUUUAUUACAUUACCUAAAUUUUAUUCAGCGUCUCAAUAGACGCCUGCAUAAACAAGUUUCCUCUCUAUUAGACCAACAAACUGUCUAUUUAUGGUUUACAAAUCGCUUUCUAAAAGCGGAUUGUUCGCUAAAUACCGCUGAAAUUGAGGUGUAUGUCAAAGCUGAACCCAGAUCAGCUGUUCCGAGCAGAAAUGAAGAUGUUUUUUUCCCCUUGAGAAGCUGAUAAAUACUUGAUGUUUCCCGUUUCUCCGCGCAUUCUCCGCCUUAUCUUAGAGCUUCACGCAAUCUUGCCUGCUGUCAGGGUCUCCUGGUUGGGAACCAGAUCAUAGACAGUGUUCCUCUUUCUGCGUGAGAUUAAUACCCUGUUGAGGUUUCAGAGGGACGGGAUGAAAGUGCUCCUCAAGGUUGCUCUGCUGUGAUUUGUAUCGUUAGAGAAGCCCUAACCAGUAAAGAUUUUUAUAUUUCUCCCAGGCUGGUGCUUGAUGGUUUCCGAUUCUGGACCCGUUAGGAUAUUUUUCCCUCUCUUCCCUUAAGGAUUUUGACACAUAAAAGAGAAAAAUGUCUCAUCUGACUGCUAAUAAUCCAAUUACAUGUUCUUGGUUAAUAAUUUAGUCAGGUCUCUAAAUUGUGAUUUGAUGAACAUGGAAAUUACAAAUCUUUCGGUAUUUAAUCUGCUGAUCAGAGCCAGUUGAGUAAAAAAAAAAAAAAAAAAAAAAAAACAGAGUCCGAUCUCAGUCCUUUCCAUUGCUGCGUCUCUAUGGGACGUCUGUCCACACCCAGCCAGUCCAUCCACCUACCAAUGGUUACCGGUUCUUUACGGUUUGUUCAGUACAAUGCUAGGCGUGGAACAAACCAGCAGAAAAAGGCACCACUGAUAUUCUCAUUUUGAGCCGUUUUGACUUUUUUUUUGAGGGGGAGAAAAAUUGUGAUUUUUUUUUGGCUAUGAAUUUAAUCACUGUAGAGAAAUAGAUUUAUAAUAAUCGAGUUAAACCUGGCUGCAGGUUCAAGAAUUUGAAUUCCAGUGGAGAUGAAUGUACCUAAGGGAAAUUAGGAAGCAGGUUGAAGUUUUACAGUAAAGUUUGAGGUGAAUGCCCUGAAGCCAAACACGCGCUCCUCUGAGGAGGUUCCUGUUCGUCCACUUCACUUCGCCCGAUCACACGUAUCCUCUCAGCUGCCCGUCACCCCCCCCCCCCUCUUCUUCUUCUUCUUCUUCACCCUGAGACUAGCUGUUGUUUGUGUUAUAGUUAUUUUUAUAAGCUUUGCAAAAACCAACCCUUUUCUAUGUACAUACAAAGUUGUAUUUUUUUAACAUUACCUAUUGGCUUCUCUGUGAUGAUGAUGUUGAUGAUGGCUGCCUGCAUUUAAAUAUAAAACUUUUUUUGAAGAAC